CCGUACGUCACUGCUCUGCGCCGGAAGACUCUGUUUUCGUGUUCUCUUCCUUCACUGCUCUUUCCCGCAUCAUAGGUCCCGGGAUAUGAGCCAGAAGAGGCAUCGCCUGGUCCCGGAGACCUUUGGACUGAAGAGGCGGAGGGAACGAGGGCCUGUAGAGGCCGAUCCUUUGAGGGGCGAGUUAGGGUCGGCGCGCGCGGCGGUCGCGGAGCUAGUGCAGCUGUUCCCGCGUGGCCUGUUCGAGGAUGCUCUGCCCCCCAUCGCGCUGAGGAGCCAGGUGUACAGCCUCGUGCCCGACCGGACGGUGGCUGACCGGCAGCUGAAGGAGCUUCAAGAGCAGGGGGAGAUCAGAAUCGUCCAGCUAGGCUUUGACUUGGAUGCCCACGGAAUUAUCUUUACCGAGGACUACAGGACGAGAGUCCUCAAGGCCUGCGAUGGCCGACCGUAUGCUGGGGCGGUGCAGAAGUUUCUGGCUUCAGUGCUUCCAGCCUGUGGGGACCUUAGCUUCCAGCAGGAUCAAAUGACACAGACCUUUGGCUUCAGGGACCCAGAGAUCACGCAGCUGGUGAACGCUGGAGUUCUCACCGUCCGAGAUGCUGGCAGUUGGUGGCUAGCUGUGCCUGGAGCUGGGAGAUUCAUCAAGUAUUUUGUUAAAGGGCGCCACGCUGUCCUUGGCAUGGUCCGGAAGGCCAAGUACCGGGAGCUACUCCUUUCGGAGCUUCUGGGCCGGCGGGCGCCUGCUGCGGUGCGACUCGGCCUCGCUUACCAUGUGCAUGACCUCAUUGGGGCCCAGCUGGUGGAUUGUGUCUCCACCACUUCUGGAACCCUCCUCCGCCUGCCAGAGACUUGAGGAUUCUGCUCGUCCUUGCGCAUCUCCCCUGAGUGGGGCAAGAGGGGCCCAGGAGUGCUCCCCAGCAGUGGCUGAGACGGGAUCACCUUGGGAAGGCUUGGGAUCCAGGAUGAGUGUGGGCUUGUGGCCAUGCAAAGAGUCAGGGUCAGACAUGACUGUUGCUGUUUACCUGGGCUCCGACCCAGUGGUGGGGUUUGGGCAACGCUUCUCUGCCCUUCCAUGGAGGUGGAGCCAGAAUCUGUGCCAAGGCCAUGGCUGCUGCCUUUCAUGUAAAAAGGUGCUGUUGUUACUCUGUCUGGAGAUAGGAAGGUGGGCUUUCUGGGGAGGGUGGUGAAGGAGGGCAGGGUUCUGUUCCCUACAUGUUGGGUUGAAACUGCCAAAUAAAGUACUUCUGCCAGUGAUA